AUGCCGUCGGUGAUGGAGAAGCCGUCGGGGAUCCUGUCCCGGAGCCGAGCCAAGUGUGGCAGCGGCCCCCCCGUCACCUCCGAGGACGAGGCCAGCGAGGACGAGCCCACCCACGACAGCAUGAUCCGGGUUGGGGCUGAUUACCAGGCUGUGAUCCCUGACUGCAAACCAGAGAGUCCAGCUCGAUACAGCAACAAGGAGCUCAAGGGGAUGUUGGUUUGGGCCCCCAACCACUGUGUGUCUGAUGCCAAACUGGACAGAUACAUCGCCAUGGCCAAGGACAAACACGGCUACAACAUCGAGCAGGCCCUGGGGAUGUUGCUGUGGCACAAACACGACGUGGAGAAGUCUCUGGCAGAUUUGGCCAAUUUCACCCCGUUCCCUGACGAGUGGACGGUUGAGGAGGUGCUGUUUGAACAGGCCUUCAGCUUCCAUGGCAAGAGCUUUGCUCGCAUCCAGCAGAUGCUCCCCGACAAGCUGAUCCCCAGCCUGGUGAAGUACUACUACUCCUGGAAGAAAACGCGCUCGAGGACGAGUGUGAUGGACAGACAGGCACGGCGGCUGCUGGGCCGCAGGGAGCGUGACGACAGCGAGGAGCCGGACGAGCAGCGGCUGGGACAGGAGGAGCUGAGCAGCCUGACCCCAAGAGAGAGGUUUUGGGGGGUUGGGGACACCCUGGGGACACCCUGGGGACACCCUGGGGACACCCUGGGGCAGGCUCCGUGGCCCCGCGCUGCCCCUCGCCAGGAGCCGCAGUGGCGGCAGCUCCCCGGGGCCCGGCAGCGCCGGCGGCCGCCGCGGGGGAUGCGCCUGAACCGCGCCGCCGUGGCCGGGCUCACGGCCAACCCCGACCUGGGCGCCCUGGCGCUGCGCCAGCUCGACUCGCAGCUCGUGGCCCUCAAACGGCAGGUGCAGAGCAUCAAACAGAUCAACAGCGGCCUCAGGCAGGCGCUGCAAGGAGGCGUCGAGGGGCUGAGGCCGCCCGAGGGCAACGGCAAAUUCAGCUCCCGCUGGACAACAGACGAGCAGCUCUUGGUGGUGCAGGCGCUGCGCCGCUACGGCCGCGACUUCCCGGCGGUGGCGGCCGUGCUGGGGAACAAGUCGGCUGCCCAGGUCAGGAGCUUCGUGCUGGGGCCGCGGCGGCGCUUCGGCCUCGAGCGGCUGCUGCGGGAGCGGGAGGCGGCCACCGGCCCCCGGCCCCUGCGGCCCCCCCAGCCCGGGGCAGACCGACAGGCCCACUCUGACCCCAAACCCUGCGUUGGCCACGCCCCCAUCGGCCGUGGCCACGCCCACAAAAUAUCUCUGGCCACGCCCCUUGUGUUGGCCACGCCCCCAGACAGGCCCACUCUGACCCCACCCCCUGUGCUGGUCACGCCCCCAGACAGCUCUGGCCACGCCCCCAAUCGUACAGUUCUGGCCACGCCCCCAACAGCAGCUCCCGGGCUGGCCACGCCCCCAAACCGCUCUGGCCACGCCCCCAGCCAAAGAGCCCCGACUGGCCACGCCCCCUCGACUUUGGCCACGCCCACAAACGGAUGCGCCGCUGUUGGCCACGCCCCCAAACUGGCCUGA